UAUUAAUCUAGAACAUUAAUCUAAAUUAUUAACCUACGCUAUUAGUCUACGGCGUCUGGUCUUUCAUCACUUUCCUUCGUAGUUGUACUGAAGAUCAACGCUGUUCAACAGCAACUCCAAGUGCAGUACAAUCAACAUAAAAAUGAACGAGUAGAGCAAAAGCAUGGAAGACACAAACAUGGUAGCGAGUGCUGGCGUGGGUGCAGCAGGCAGGGUGUCUCCUGUUUCGGCGACCGACAACCCGUCCAACUCCGGCAGCAACCCAAACGGUGCUGGUGCUCUCGUGCUUCACAAUAGCAAAGGGAAAGAAAUCUCCAGAGUGCACUCGAUGGUGGUAGAAAAAACAUUCAAGAUCAUGUACAAGAUCCCGCCAGAUCGCUGCGCUGGGACAGGUGCAGCAGAGAAACAAGAGCCAGAGCAGCUGGAGGUGGGCAAGUUCAACCUGGUCACCAACUCGCGACAAGGCACGCAUUGUUUUCUCACUCUUGAUAGAGAAGCAGUUCAAAAGCACUCUGUGCAGAUGGAGCAACUAGAACGGAUUUGCGACCCCGAAGGGUUGAAGUGCAAGUACGCGAAAACCCCCUUCUUCUUAAAAGACGGCAAUACUGAAUUCUUUACGAACACGAAGGACGGAAAAUUUUUGGGAAUCAAGAAGGUCAACGUCUUUGCGUGGAAUCGAAAGAAGACACACUCCGACCCUCGAGACUGCAGGUGGUGGAAAGAUAUCUUGCGGAAUGGAGAAAACUUCAGUAAGGGAGCAUUCACUAGAUCCUGGCUGACCCGCUAUACAGAGCAAGUCCAACAAGUCGGAGAAGAAGUCAAAGUAGAGAACAAGCUCAUGCUGUAUACGCUUGAGAAAAGCGAGGAAUUGAAAGAUGUGAUUGUCGAGUGCGAUUUGGUGUUGGUGGAGGAAGCCCCUCCUGCUCCUCGUCCACAAUCAAAUAAAACGACGAAUAAAAAACGUGCUUCUAGUUCUUGUACCACAACAAAGAUGAAAAACUCUAGCAGUUCAAGUUCUUCAAAAACCAAGAUCAAGAAGACUGCGAACAUGAGGCAUGCCUCUUUGUCUUCCACCAAAGAGUCUUCGCCAGACGCAGAAAAGGCAAUGGCGACGUUAGAAGAAUCAGGCUUGAAGUUGAAGCUUCCAGAGCAAGAAGAGGACUUGGCCAACGAGAUUCAGAAGUAUUUUGCUUUUCGUACUGGACUAGAUCCGAAGACGAGCGCGGAGGCGAAGGAAAAAUAUCUUGCGGUGAUUGAGAAGUGUCUACGUCUGAACGCUAGCGGUGACGACCAAGAAAAGGAGAACCCGGCAAAGCUAGAGGAGCAAGAUGAUGAUGCUGAGAAAGAUCAGGAGGACGACGAAGCAAGCAAAGAUAGUUCUUUUCCAUUGGGAGGUAAAGUAGCAGAUACAGGUGAUCAUGGCGCUAGUGGUAGGUGCCAGAAGAGGCAACGGCUGAACUGAAAAUGUAGACAUGACGAAGUCUUGAAAUGAAGUGGGAGCUUCGAAUAUAUUCAUGUUCUCUUUUAGCAUACCCCCAAUUCACAUACAUCCAAGAGAAGAGAACUCCACCUCUAUUCCCAAAGUAUUCACUGUCGAUGGUCAGAGUUAAAAAAUACAAGUUUUUCCACAGAUGUUCAUAGUCUGCAUCUGUUUCUAACAGCAUGUACUCCUGUUUCUCCUCGAUGAAGGACACAAAAAAACAUGAAGCUCAGACCACUUCCCAUUCUAUUUCCAAGAUCAACUCUAUCUUCCAAAAAGGCAAACGCAAUUUGCCCAAGAAACGCAAUUUCCCCACUCGGUCGUGUCGGAUGUUAAAAGUAAUUAAAGAGGAAAAGUAAUUUGUUCACGGCAGCCGGGUGACGAUG